UUAAUUAAAAUUAAAGGUUGGUCGAGAAGUACUUUAAAAAAUCAUUAAUAAUUGAUUAAUUUUAUAUUGAAUAUAUUGGUUCGAAUUUAUUGUUCAUAUAUAGAAUAUUAUUAGAAAUAUGGGAGAUUCCGAAAAUGUGAUUCACACAAAAUCGCUCGGCGCAGCGGCAGAAGGUGUUCGUGAUCAAUAUGCCGAUGGAAAAGCCGCUAAGGUUUGGGAAAUUUUCAUUGGCGACAAACGCUCUAGGACUGAUCACUACAGAAACUUUUUAGUUGGUCUACUUAGACAACGUGGCUGUAAGAAAAUACUUGAUGUAGCAUGUGGAACAGGGAUAGAUUCCGUGAUGCUCUUGGAAGAAGGUUUUGAUGUUACCUCUGUGGACGCUUCUGACAAAAUGUUAAAAUAUGCUCUAAAAUCAAGAUGGGAACGCAGGAAAGAACGCGCUUUUGACAACUGGGUUAUUGAAGAAGCAAAUUGGUUGACGCUAUUCGAUGACAUUGCACCAAUGUUGAAAAAUGGUGGGUUUGAUGCCGUAAUUUGUUUGGGUAACUCCUUUGCUCACAUGAUGGACUCGUACGGGGACCAACGAGAGCAAAAGCAAGCCUUGCGCAACUUCGAAAAAUGCGUCAAGCCUGGUGGUCUGCUCCUGAUUGACCACAGGAACUACGAUCACAUCAUCAGCAGUGGAAGUACGCCAUCGAAAUGCUUAUAUUACAACAGUACUCACACAGCAGACAUAAAAACAUCAGUUUUACUUGUCGGCGGAGAACCUGCUUUGGUUUCAUUAGAUUAUAUGAUCGAUACUUCAGAUGGAAAAUCAGGCAAUAUUGAUAUUUUUUAUUUUAGUGAAUUCAGGUUAUCUUACUACCCUCAUCGGUUAUCGGUUUUCAAGCAAAUGCUGAAAGAGAUCUUCGGAAAUGGUGCAACAUAUACCAUCUAUGGAGACUUUAAACCAAUAGAUGCCAUUCAGAAUCCAGCUUUUUAUAUUCACGUAGUAGAAAAGCAUAAAUGA